AUGAUAGUGUAAAACAACAACAUUUAAUAAGCUAUCCUAAAUUUAAAAGAUGGAGUAUUUUAAAAUUUACUUUUAUAUUAAAAUUCAAAAAAUACUCAAGCAGUACCAUUCCAAUUAUAAAGUGAUUACAAUUUAGAAAUAACAAUUGAUAAUUGCUUAUUUUAAAAUAUUACUUUACAAAGUAUUUAAUUCACCUUAACUUACUCUACAUCAGCUCUCUGGAUUUAAAAUUAUGUCGGAAAUGUUCUAAUAAAGAAUUCAUAAUUUUAUAAUUCUAAUAGUAAUUCUGAAUAUGGCCUAAUUUAUAUUCAAGCUAAUUAGAUUACUUUAGACACUGUUUAGUUUAGAAAUUUUACAUUUCCUCAAGAUAAAACUUCACCUAUGUUCUAAUAAAAUGGUGCUAUGUUGAAUGCUAAAGCCGAAGUUAUUAAAAUAUAAAAAUCAAAUUUCAACUAAGCUACAGCCAUAAAAGGAUCUUUUUUAUACUUAAUUUCUUUUGGAUAAUUAUUUUAAGUUAGCAUCUCUGAUACAACAUUUAGCGAGGGAUAUGCCUUAUUAGAUGGAGGAGCAAUUUACAUAGAUUCAGGUGGUUAAUAGCUCUAAUUUGACUGCCAAAAUUGCUAAUUUAGUAAUCUGUAUACACUAUCAUAGUUCGCAUCUACUAUUGGAUAAGAAAAAUAUUAGAUAGGCAAAAGUAAGGUUUAAAAUGAAAUAAAAUUCUAAGGCGGUUUUAUCAAAAAUAUAUUUGGGGUAACAGAGAAUUAAUUCAUAGAUGUUUCAAAUUCUAAUCUUUAAUUUAGUUAAAUUCCCACAAUUACCUCUGAACAGUUUGAUUCAAAUACAGAACCUUAAUAAUAAUAUAUUACAAAAUAUAAAGGACUUUAAUAAUAAGCCACUUUGGUAAAUUUAUAAAAAUCAUCUUUGAAAAUUUAAGAAUCUAAAUUUUCUAACAUCAAAAUUUAAUCCUUUAAUUCUGUUUUACCUCUUCUUAUUAGCUCAACUUCAUCUAAUAUUACUAUUUCUAACACCAAAUUUGAAGAUAGCGUAUUUACUAACAGUGCAAUUUAUACACUUUAAAGUAAUAUUUAACUUCAAAAUGUCUCAUUUAAUAAUGUUGUUUAAGCUGCAACCAACAGAAGAACUUUAUAAUAAGAUAUUUACUCUAACCCUAGUCCUAUUGGUGCUUCUUUAAUUAUUUGCUAAUAAUCAACUGUUAGCAUAUAAUAAAAGAGUUCUUUUAUUGGUACAAGUUGUAAGUCAAAUUGCAAUGGCGGAGCAAUUUAGCUUUUAUAAAGUACAAUAUCCAUAGAUGAUACCAUAUUUUAAAAAAUAGAUUCUUCAUUUGGUGGGGCCAUAUACAUAGAAGGAAUUAACAAUACAAAUACCAUUUCAAAUACAUAGUUUAUGAGUUGCAUAUCUUAAAAUGAUGGAGGUGCUCUCUACUUAAAAGCUUUAUAGUAGGAUAAAUUUGAUCUUACUCUUUAAGGCAGUUCAUUUGUUAAAAAUUCAUGUAAAUCUAGAGGAGGAGCUAUUUAUGUUGAUUCUGAUGUCAUGAAUUCUCUUAAAUAAACAAUAUAAAUAGUUAAUUCUCAAAUCAUUCAUAAUUAAGCAAGUAUAGGAGGAGGAAUCUUUUAACAAAAUAUCUCAAUUAACACUCAAAAAAAUAACAUUAUAGAUAGUAAUACAGGAACCAUUUAUGGAAAUGAUAGUAUCUCUUACCCUUCUAAGCUUAAAGUAAGUAAUAUGGAUGAAUUUCUGAAAAUAAACUUAGGAAUGCUAGAGGAAAACAAAAUAGUAAUAAAUGAUUUCAGGAGUGGUGCCAAUUUAACUAAUAUACAAUUUGUACUUUUAAAUGACAAAGAUGAAGUUAUUUAUCCGAUUACAUAAGAAGAUUAUGAUACAUAUAAACUAAGUGUUGCUUUUGAUCCUAAAACACCUAAUAUAAUCCAGUAUUCGAUUGAUGGAAGCAUUUAAGCAAGUUAUAAUAAAUAAUUACAAGCUUUUAAUUUUGAAAACAUAACUCUAGUAGGUAAGCCAGGAUCUUCUGCUUACAUAUAAUUCAGCUCUAAAUAAAUUUAUGUUGUUGAUAGCUAGCAAGCUAAUUUUAUUCAAAACUACACUUUUAACAUACUUAUUAACUUCAGGCUAUGCGGCCCUGGUGAGUAAAUAGCAUAAAUUGGUUAAGUCACUCAAUGCUAAUAAUGCCCAGUAAAUUAUUAUUCAUUCAACGUUGAGAAUUGCUAAGAUUGUCCGACAGGAGCUACAUGUAAUGGAGGAACAAAUGUCGUGGCAAAUAAAGGAUAUUGGCGUAAAUCGCAUUUUAGUAGCUUAAUAAUUAGUUGCUCAAAUUUACCGGAUAAUUGCGCUGGAGGAGAUUAUGGUGAUAAUAUUUGCUAUGAAGGUCAUAUUGGAGCACUUUGUGAAGAAUGCGAUAUUUAUGGGAAUUAUUGGGGAGAAUCAUAUGCAAAAUCAUCUAAAUAUUCUUGUACUAAAUGUAGUGAAAUAAAAGGGAAUAUAUGGAUCGUUGUCUUAAUGACAAUAUGGACAUUAAUAUCAAUGUGUCUUGCUAUAAAAGGUGAUGUAGAUUAGCUAAAAGAAAGAGCUGCUUUUUUGACUAUUUAAAAAAAUUUAUAAAAAAAAUGUAGUAAUAAAUAUUUAUAAAGAAAUCUAACUCCAAAUCAAAAAACAGAAUUAUAGUCUUUUAGUACUAUUACUAAAUAAAAAACAUAAAAUUAAAUAAAGGAAAGGUAAUAAAAAUAAAAGAUAAUAAGAACAGAUGAAGAAAAAUCUGGUGUAUACAUAAAAAUGUUAACAAAUUAUGUAUAGAUUGUUGGAUCUAUAGCAACUUUCAAUUUAAGUAUUCCUUCUGGUAUUUUUGAGUUCCCUUAAUCUGUUGGUUAACCGUUGAAGUAGACAAUGAACUCUCUUGACUGUGCAUUGCAAGAAAUGAACUCUUCAAUACCAAUUAUUUAUUUAAGGCUUCUGUUUUCUGUUUUAAUACCCUUUAUAUAUAUGGCAAUUUUCUUAUUUUGUAUGCUUUUAUACUUUUUAUAUAAGAAGUCGACAGCCGAUAAGAAUAAUAGCAAAAAAGAGUAGUUUCCUUGGUAUAUUUUAGCUACAGCUAUUAUGUUCUUAAUUAUAUACGUUCAGCCAGAUCUAGUUGCUUAAAUAAUUGCCUUAUUAUCGUGUAGAGAAAUAGGUGAUACAGAAUAUAUUUUGUCUAAUGUUUCAUUUAUUUGCUAUAACAAAGAACAUAUUUUCUAUGCUCUGAUUUUAAUAGUACCAAUGCUGCUGAUUUGGAUGAUCAUAUUGCCAGGUAUACUAUUUAUAUUAUUGAGAAGAAAUAGACAAAAUUUAGAUUCUAUAGAAGUGAAGCUUAAGUAUGGUUUUCUAUAUAAAGAAUAUCAAACCCAUGCAUUUUACUGGGAAUUCAUUAAAAUGGCUGAGAAACUAGCAAUCAUUCUUGCUUUGAACUUUUAUUCUUAAAGUAUAAAUACAAAAGCUAUAUUGGUAUUUGUAGUAAUCACAUCUUAUGGUUUACUUGCAAUGAUAAUUCAUCCAUACUUAGAAUCAGAUGUAAAUGAAAUUGAUGUUAAUUCUACUCAUAUAUGUGCUCUAACAGUCCUUCUUGGUUUAUUUAUGUACUAAAAUAAAUACCCCUACUUUGUAUACAGUGCAUUAGUACUGAUUGUGGCCAUUAAUGCUUGGUUCCUUAUCAAGCUUCUAAAUAAAAUCAUAGGUGGCUAUCUUCCAAAGAUCAAAUAAUCUUUAUAAUAAUUGGUUAAGACUUUAUCAGCAAAAAUAUCAUACUUUAAGAAGUUUGUCAAAGAUGAAGAAAAAAACAAGAAAUAAAUGAAACCUGAAGUCAAGGAAAAGUUAUUAUUUUUAUGUAAAAAAUUCGCUGCAUUAGACCCUCAAAAAAAGAAAAAAAUAUAUAUCGAAGCAUAUGAACUGAGACUAGUUGAAGAGUAUAGACAUAUUUUUGACAGAAGCUAAUUUUAAUAACUAGUAGAUCAAGAGAAUCCUACUCAGCAAAAAACAGAGGCAAACUUUUUAGAGUCAUCAAAACUUAUACAAUAAGAAAAGGAAGAUACAAAUUUAAGAGAUAAUAAAUAGAAAGACAACCUAGAAUCUCUUUUUAACUUACAUAAAAAGCAAGAUUCUGAUAAUAAUUUGAUACAAAAUGAAAAUAACUAAACAAAUACUUCUCGCACUGAAGAAAAACCUAAAAGCAAAUUUUAUAUUGAAGCCUUUGGAGAAACAUUAAAAGAAGAUUAGGUGAAUAUAGAAAUGAAAAAAGAAAGCGAUGAUGAUUGA